CAUCUCAUCAUCAUCAGACAAGUGACACAGCACAAUCCAUGGCAAAGGCAAACCCCCCUCCAACACUUCCUUCUUGCUGUGCGCUUGGAGAGUCCCCACAGCCGUCUGUCCCCGCUGCUGGACAAAUCUGCCAUUCCAAUAAUGCAUGGGACCUUGCAAAGCAGACAUCUCUCUCUCACCACACGCACCCCCUCCUCUGUCCUCCUCUGUUUCUCCCUCACCCUCACCUUCAUCCCUCUCUCUCUCUCUCUCUCUCUAUUUCUCCCUGCAGUGUGCGUGAGACAGAGAAGCCCCCAUCCCCAAGGCAUUUAAUAUGUUUCCUUCGUGGGAGUGUCUAUAGCAUCAGAAACAGCGGAAUAUAUUGUGCACUUUAUUCUUGUCAUGGAUCUUGCUCUGUCAAUCCGCGGCGACAUUUAUUACUACUCUCCGCUCUUCCCCUAGUUGCAUUGUCGAAUAUUAGUCUGUAGGAGAGAAUUAAAGGCACUGGAGGAAAACUAUAAUCCUGCUAUAGUACAAACUUACCAACAACAACUCCGCUGUAAUGGAGGAGCUCCAAGAACCCAUCAAUCCCUGUUUGCUUGGAGUUGGAGAACAUUUGAACGCGGAACUCUUAGAACAGGGAGUAGAUGCUUUACAUAUUACUUGCGGACCAUCGUCCAUCAGCCUCGAGAACCUGAGAUUGGAGCAAGAGCGACAAACCUUGGCAAUGCCAAGAUUAGAACUCAAAAUGCCGUUUCUUCAGAUGUUACAAGACGUAGAAACACCGUCAUUUGCGGAAUCCAGCUUUCAACUUCUGCUGAGAUUACAACAGCAGCAGCGGCAGAAGCCAUGGGAGAGAAACAAUUGGAUCGAGAUGGAAUCCCACGUUCAGACGCUGGAACAGGAAAGCUGCAUCACCUACGAUUUAUCGGAAGCACAUUCGCCAGUUAAAUCCGAAACCAAGGCGCCUCAUCAUCCACAGUCAUCUUCGUGCCUGGAAGUGGUGGUGAGUUCCGCAUGUAAUGGGGAACACAAUUCACCGGAGAAGUGCAGAGGCGGAAACUCGAGCUGUCCUAGGUUUACCAAGCCUGCCACCGCAGUUACUCGGGAGAGGAGAAAGAGAAAGCGAGAAAAGCAGAGCAAGAACAAGGAGGAGGUAGAGAAUCAACGUAUGGCUCACAUUGCCGUCGAACGGAAUCGGAGGAAGCAGAUGAACGACCAUCUCAGCGCUCUCAAGUCCUUUAUGCCUUCUUCAUUUAUUCAAAGGGGUGACCAAGCAUCGAUUAUUGGGGGUGCCUUCGACUUUGUGAAGGAAUUGGAGCAACUGUUACAAUCUCUGCAAGCUCAAAAGAGAAUGAAGAAGUCGGAAGAGGAAGACGACGACGUCAAUGACAAAACCGGCAGGCGGGAGCGGGAAUCCUCGUUACCGUGGUCGACGCAUUGGGAAGAGAGAGGUAAGAGCAAGGAGGAAUUGAGAGAGGAGAACAAAUCGACGGUGGCGGAUAUAGAAGUGGUAGUAAUGGAAGCACACGUGAACCUGAAAAUUUUAUCUCCCAGGAGGCCUGGACAGCUUCUGAAAACCAUUGCUGCUUUAGAAGAUCUCAGAUUAGCCAUCUUACACCUUAGCAUUCAUUCCUCCCAAGGCUCUGUUCUGUACUCUUUCAAUCUCAAGAUGGAAGAUGACUGCAAGCUAGGAUCAGCUGAUGAGAUUGCAACAGCCGUCCAUCAAGUUUUCAACCUCAUCAACGACCAUUGACCAAGUCAGUCAAAGAUUAAUAUUUUCAUUUUUCCAGGAGAAGAACCGAAGAAGGCGAGAGACUUCGGCCCGAGGUGACUGAACAGUUUACGCACACACUCUACUACUCUAGUGUCUAGUCUCUAGCUCUAGCCGCUUCAAACGCACCUGUGUCUCUCUCUAUUUCUCUAUAAYCUGUAAUUUGUUUACUCAUCGACGUGGUUACUGUGAAGUUGCAUAAUACCACAGACCACUCACCCCUCCAUCUCCAUCUCUAAGCGGUUAAAAAAAUAAAAGUCGGGGGAGCACUCUUUCAUUUUUUUUAUAUAUUUGACACUUUUCUCGAUCGACCU